AAGGCGGGCUGCUGGUCCUCGCUCGAGUCAAUCAUGAGCACGGGGCGGGGUUGGAAGACCGGGAGCCCCGGCGCGUCCUGUGGGGCCGGAAGUGAAGGUCCCCUGCCCCGGAUGGCAGCAGUUGUUCUAGCAAGAGACACCAUGGGCCCAGAGCGAAUCUUUCCCAAUCAGACUGAGGAACUAGGGCCGCAUGUGGGCUCCACAGAAGGCACUGGGGAUUGGAGCAGUGAAGAGCACGAAGAAGAGCAGGAGGAAGCAGGGGUAGGCCCAGCUGGCUAUUCUUACCAGCCCCUGAACCAAGAUCCUGAACAAGAGGAGGUGGAGUUGGCACCUGUCGGGGAUAUAGAGGAUGUAGUUGCUGACAUCCAGGAGCGGAUCCAGGCCCUAGGGCUGCAUUUGCCAGACCCUCCCAUAGAGAGUGAAGAUGAAGAGGAGGAGGGAGCUACAGCAUUGAGCAACCAUAGCUCUAUUCCCAUGGACCCAGAACAUGUAGAGCUGGUGAAAAGGACAAUGGCUGGAAUCAGCCUUCCUGCUCCAGGGGUUCCUGCCUGGGCGCGGGAGAUCUCAGACGCACAGUGGGAAGAUGUGGUACAGAAGGCCCUGCAAGCCCGGCAGUCAUCCCCAGUCUGGAAGUGA